AUGCAAUCCUUCUUCGCCUUGAUAUUCCUCUUUGGCUCCACCACGGGCGAAAUCGACUGGAGCAGCGUCACUUUGGAUCCUCCAGGCGAACCGUCCCCGCUUGGAGGCCAGUUUGACUUGACUGGAAUAGUCCUCGAUCCCCCGGUCGAGUCGACGCCCGUUGGUAACCCGUUGGACUGGAGUGGGAUCACUAUCGAACCCCCCAUCCAACUGGCCACCACUGGUGACGACCCGACAUGGUCCACGAGGGCUCCCGAGGAACCGAAGAACGAAACCAUUGGCAAUAAUGAAACCGCCGUGGUUGACAACGAGCCAUCUGCAGACGACGAAGGCACGGCUCCCCGUGGUUGUUCAACCGCGUUAUUGGGAGUCGUCCUCGGCGUAUCGGUGGUUGGCCUUAUCGUCAGCGUCGUUCAAGUGUGGCUGCUCAAGAGUUCAUUGAACCGGCCGUCCAUACAGAUGCCGGAGAACGUGGAUCUGGAGAAAGGGGAGAGGUAA